AUGGCGAAAGCAGGCAGCAGCAGCAGCAUAUUAACACUUCCACAGGUCUCCACAACUUCUCGAAUUCUGCUGUUACUUCUUCUUCUUCUCUUGAUUAUCGUUCCUCCGCUAGCUCGUCCUCUGGAUACAUCCGCCAUGGAAACCGAGAAUUCCUUCUCCUCCUCUUCCUCCGCCGCUGCCGAGGAGGGCACCACCGCAGCUAGGGCUGGGCAGUUUGGAGCAGACGCUCAUGAAGUCCCCAGCGGCCCAAAUCCAGAGUCUAAUAGGUGA